AUGGCCGCGGCCACUGCCACUGUCACUGCCACUGCCCAUUGCCUCUCUGCCCGUCGCGGCCUAACCCACUCCGGUGUCAUCCUGGCCCGAAUUCGCAUCGCCUCAACCCUUGACCGUGUGUGCUCUUUGCGCCCAGCAAGGUUGAAAGAAGAUCAAACCUCGGAACUGCGGUCGCGGCGCCUGAAAUAG